CAUGGCACAGAAAGAGAAGCUCCAGUGUCUGAAGGACUUCCAUAAGGACACGCUGAAACCUUCCCCAGGGAAGAGCCCGGGCACCCGGCCCGAGGACGAGGCAGAGGGGAAGCCUGUCCAGAGGGAGAAGUGGAACUCCAAGCUUGACUUUAUCCUGUCCGUCGCUGGCGGCUUCGUGGGUUUAGGGAACGUCUGGCGUUUCCCAUACCUCUGCUAUAAGAAUGGCGGAGGUGAGUUUCUGUCUCGUAUGCGGCUACUGCCUAGGACAUGAAGGGUGAAGGGGAAUGAAGCCAUUCCAAUUCCAUCUCUGUAUUUUAAGAGGUUUGGGGUGAUUGACCCUAUUUCACUGUGACUCAUUCAUGUAAACAGAAGAUGCAGAGUGCUGCGUUCAAGUGGGUUAUUAAUACAAGUAAUGAGUGGGUUAAUACAGGUCAACAGCUAGCACAAAACGUUUUGAGAACCAUAUGUUUCUUAGAGUUUGGUGAGAGUGUGGUUGUCCUGUGGUUAUUUUGCAUACAAUCGUCCCACAACUUUCUGGGAAUGGUGUAGGAUAGUUGCUUGGCUUUGGAACAUUCGCAGCACAUUUAAAGGAACUUGACUAAAAACAUUAUUUUCUUGGUAUUUCAUUACUUUAACAGAACGCUUCCUAAAAGUUCAAACACGGUUAGAUUUCAUUUCAAUUUUGAUGUUCUAGGAACAUUCUCCAACUGGUUUGACAUUGGGAAUGUUCUCAAAUUGUUCCAAGAACGUUAAGAAACCGCAAUCUUCUGUGGGAAUUUCAGUACUUCAGCAUAACAUUUUCUGCACGUUACCUCAUGAUUCUAUUUAAAGUCCUGUUCUCAGUACAUUAAGAAAAUGUUCCAUUAAAAAAACCCACAAGAAAACAUUAGCAACAUUCAAAGAACGUUCUAAGAAUGUUAUUUAAAAACAAAACUCUCUCUAUCCUCUAUCUUGUUAAGUGUGUGAUCUUAAUGGGUGCUUGUUUCCUUUGAAAUGGGGUCUGUUUGAAUGGAUUAAAAUUAACUGCUUUGAAUUAGUUAAAAAAGCAUGCUAGCUCCAUCCAACAGAAGAUCAUAGGUUCAAAUCUCACUGAUGCCGUGCCACAAUAACAAAUAUGUGUUUUCAUGAUUUAAAAAAUACAUGUGUUUGCAUGUGUCCUAUCUGUGCUUGUAGUUCAAAACAGUUAACCUAAGCUAGCAGUGUUAUUAAAAGUCUUAUUCAAACAUUUAGUGAAAGAUUUAAGGAAGUUUAAAAAAAACUUCAAAUAACCUAUAAUUACCUUCCUCAGAAUGUUAAUAAAACCUCCCAGGAAAACAUUCAGGGAACCAUAGUAAAACGUUCUCAGAAACUCCCUGCAAGCUAAAAAUGUAUGUUCCCAGAACAGGCGAAAUUUUCACUUCCGUUCUCAGAACAUUCAAAAAAGCUUUCAGUUUUACCGUUCAGAACCAAUGGGAAACCAAAAUCGUACGUUCCCACAACUUCCAAGGAACCAAAUGUGCUGCAGUCUCUCUGCAUGCAACCAUGGUUCCUUUACAGCUGCUAUUUAGGUCUAGAACAUGAAGGUUUUACAGUUCAAAGCCAUUCCAAUUGACCAACCAUUCCAUGGUUGACUUACUUAACUAACAAAUGAAUGUCCUCAAUCUCACUCCCUUCUAACAUUACUGACGUAAAAAUGAUUUACCGUAGAUACUCAGAUUCAGAGUUUGGGGUCACUUAGAAAUUCUUGUUUUCGAAAGAACAGCAAAUUUUUUGUCCAUUAAAAUAACAUCAAAUUGAUCAGAAAUACAGUGUAGACAUUGUUAAUGUUGUAAAUCGCUAUUGUAGCUGGAAACGGCUGAUUUUUUUAUGGAAUAUCUACAUAGGCGUACAGAGGCCCAUUAUCAGCAACCAUCAGUCCUGUGUUCCAAUGGCACGUUGUGUUUGCUAAUGCAAGUUUAUCAUUUUAAAAGGUUAAUUGAUCAUUAGAAAACCCUUUUGCAAUUAUGUUAGCACAGCUGAAAACUGUUGUGCUGAUUAAAAAACUGUUUUGCUGAUUAAAGAAGCAAUAAAACUGGCCUUCUUGAGACUAGUUGAGUAUCUGGAGCAUCAGCAAUUGUGGGUUCGAUUACAGGAUCAAAAUGGCCAGAAACAAAUAACUUUCUUCUGAAACUCGUCAGUCUAUUCUUGUUCUGAGAAAUGAAGGCUAUUCCAUGCGAGAAAUUGCCAAGAAACUGAAGAUCUCGUACAAUGCUGUGUACUACUCCCUUCACAGAACAGCGCAAACUGGCUCUAACCAGAAUAGAAAGAGGAGUGGGAGGCCCCGGUGCACAACUGAGCAAGAGGACAAAUACAUUAGUGUUUUAGUUUGAGAAACAGAUGCCUCACAGGUUCUCAACUGGCAGCUUCAUUAAAUAGUACCUGCAAAACACCAGUCUCAACAUCAACAGUGAAGAGGCGACUCCGGGAUGCUGACCUUCUAGGCAGAGUUGCAAUUUGAUGUUAUUUUGAUGGACAUUUCUUUCGAAAACAAGGACAUUUCUAAGUGACCCCAAACUUUUGAACGGUAGUGUACUUCAUUGGUUUUGACCACAUUUGUUUUUCUUAAACCUGACACAUUCGUCUUCUCUCCUCCAGGUGCAUUUCUCAUCCCGUACUUCAUCUUCCUCUUUGGCGGAGGUCUCCCCGUGUUUUUCCUGGAGGUGGCCCUCGGACAGUACACCUCCGAGGGUGGAAUCACCUGCUGGGAAAAACUUUGCCCCAUCUUUACUGGUGAGUACAUUUUGAUAAAUUGUAUUUAUCGUUUAAGGUUGCCCUCACAAAAGCGGUUUCUACCCUCAAGGAUAUUUCCUAGUUAAAUAAAGAUUCAAUUUUAAUAAAGCCUUUAUUUAUACAGGUCAGCCAAUCAAAAACUUAAUCUUAGUUCCAAUGACGACCUGGCAAGAGUAGCCAGAAGAGAGGCACAUUCUCGGUCAAAUCGGGUCAACGACCUUCAGCCGAAAUCAAGUGAAUAAUAAAUAAUUGAUGGGCAGGUCAAUCAUCUUAUUCAUGCCAGCCCAGGCCAGGAAGGAAAGCUACCACACAUUGCAUUACACUGGCUCUGCCUCGCCCACACUUGCCACCAGGGUAGUCCAACCAACAACUAGCCUUAUUUUGAUAAUGCCUGGUUGCUAGGCGCUCUGUACUGCAGUUGCAUCCUGUUCCCUUUGGACUCCCCUCCUCUCCUAACUGCCAACUCACUGGCAGCUGAUAUGUCCUGGCUUCAUUAGACAUUACACACACUGUACUGAGGGUUGAGGGAAACUGAAAGUAUUAGAUGGUACACUGAUCUUGGCUGUACUUUGCUCAUGCCACUCAAAAUUUGCUUUGUCUUGCUACCCAGCUAUCUUCUGAUAUAUUUUCUUAGGGAUUUUACCCCCCCCCCCCCCCCCCCCACACACACACACACAAACACGGAGCCCUUGAGACUCAGCCAUGCCGUGUACAUAGUGUGCUGAAUUAGAGGUUGCUAUGGCAGCGGCGCAGGAAAACAUCAGAGAGAUGCCUAUCAAUGAGGUCUGACCCAAGAAGGAGAGAGACAAACAGACAAUCUUAUAAACAGAAAAGAAGACAGCGCUAUUGAGCUGUGUAUGUAUCAGUCUAGAUGGCAGAAAGCUGACGAGCUCUAUCUGUAGACAUAGGCUGUGUCUUAAUGGCACCCCCUCUGGGGUCUUAAUGGCACCCCUAUACUCUACAUAGUGCACUACUUUUGACCAGGGCCCUAUGGGAAUAGGGGAACUGUUUGGGACGCAGACAGGCACUCACCUUCCAGCCAAACCAAACCAGGCCAAGCCUCACUCAAAAGCUCUCUAUUUGUAUAAUACAUUCAGAUAUGAUGAGACUGGAUGUCAGCAAAGCAAGCUGUUACUUUUCAGCUCUGGUGGCUGCCUGCCUGAAUGGAUUGGUGGGGGCGGCCCAGUUUCAUUUUCAUAAAAGGGAAGUGACAGAGGGUGACAGUGGGAGGAGGGGAGGGAGGGAGGCAGGGAGAGACAGUGAGAGGAGGGGGGGGAAGUAACAGAGGGUGACAGUGGGAGGAGGGAGGGAGGGAGGCAGGGAGAGACAGUGGGAGGAGGGGGGGGAGUAACAGAGGGUGACAGUGGGAGGAGGGAGGGAGAGAGAAAGGGAGGGAGAGACUGAUGGAGGAAAGGAGAGGAGGGAUGGAGGCUGAUUUUCAUUCAGGGAAGUGAUGUGGGAGGACGUCAACACUGCUGUCUGUUUGAACAGAGAUGUUAACAUGUGAUUUUGAGAGGAGGGGAGAGAAUGGAGAUAACCCAGAGGUGAGGAGUGGAGGGAAGGGGGAGGUAGAGGAGGGGAGAGGAGAGGAGUGAGAAGUGGAGGGAAGGGGGAGGUGGGAGGCGAGAAGAGGAGAGGAGUGAGGAGUGGAGGGAAGCGGGAGGUGGAGGAGAGAAGAGGAGAGGAGUGAGGAGUGGAGGGAAGCGGGAGGUGGAGGAGGGGAGAAGAGAAGUGAGGGAAGGGAAGGGGGAGGUAGAGGAGAGGAGGAGUGUGGAGGGAAGGGGGAGGUGGAGGCGAGGAGGAGUGUGGAGGGAAGGGGGAGGUGGAGGCGAGGAGGGGAGAGGAGGAAUGAGGGAAGGGUGAGGUAGAGGAGAGGAGGAGGAGGAGAUUUUCAUGUCCUAUAGCCAAACGAUUACAACAACAUUCAAAACAUACACAUGGGUUCAUUGCAAAAUAUAGCUACAUCGGAUUCCUUUAUGUCAAACCUCCCUUUGUAAGUGUUUUUGUACAGUAUACAUUUGUCUCUGAAUAUUUGCAUGUACUCUGAUGUCUGGCAUGCAAGAUGAACAUUUAUGUGACCUUUCCCUUUCCCCCCAGGUAUUGGCUAUGCUUCGAUUGUGAUCGUGUCCCUCCUGAACAUCUACUACAUAGUGAUCCUGGCCUGGGGUUUGUAUUACCUGUUCCAGUGCUUCCAGCCGGAGCUGCCCUGGGCCAAGUGUAAAAACUCCUGGAACACAGACCGCUGUGUGGAGGACACCAUCCGCAAGAACAAGACCCUGAUGCUGGCCGCUAACAUCACCAACUUCACCUCGCCCGUCACCGAGUUCUGGGAGUGAGUACAGUAACUUUAAAAAAAUGUAUUUAACCUUUAUCUACUGUAUACAGGUGACAUAUCUUAAUUUGACCCAGUUUACCAUAGCAGGAACAUAAUCCUGCAGCAACAAGAAAUGUGAAUUAUUAUGUGGGUUAUAAUUAAUAUACAUUUUUUGUUAGGGCAAAUCAAGUCUUACAUUUUAAAGUAGAAAUUACAUACUUUAGAAGCCUUUUUUUAAACCUUGAAUAGACUACAAGUUUGCAUUUCCUGCUGUGCAGGACGAUUCCUGAAACAAAAGGAUUGCCCAAUUUAAGAUACGGCAUCUGGACAGGAUAGUCUCACUGAGUUCUGGGAAUUAGUACAGUACUGGAAUAUAGUAUAAUACUAUAUAAUAAUUUAUUAUGAUUAUAUCAACCAAUUUAUCAACCAAUCCCAUACUAUAGUUCGGCACGACUAUAGUAUGGGAUUGGUUGAAGCUCAAUGUUAAAUUCAAAUCUCCCAACAAUCAUAUCCCCCUAUAGACGAUUGACGCACCAGUGCGUCAAUCUAACUUACAUAACAAAACAAUUCCCAUCAACAUUCGUCAGUUUAAGCUAGAGGCAUCUCAAUCUACCGCAUCCACCAAUGUCGCACUUCCUCAUCUGCGGUGAAAGGUGGCAGAGCUAGAGCGGUGUUGGUCAGACCAUGAGAGAUCCCAAAAAUCGGUCUUCUCACGUAAACAUCUGAACGGUUUGACCUGCAAACUAUUAUGCUCUAUGACCCCCCACAAGUGUCGCGGGACUCGUCUGAAGGUAAACGGUACCGGUUUUGAAUAUUUCCUGAGUGUUUUUAUAUCUCCUAGAUUUAGGAAAGACACUCAACCUUGUUUCUUGUGAUUAUUUUUUUUUUACUGUCCUUUUUGCCAUUUAUGAAUGUGUUAUUCAUUUCUAUGGGCUUCAGUAGUAAAGGCCAAAAUCAAUAUUUUAUAAAUUAAUUUAAAAAAAAAAAUUAUUCCUAAGGGGUCCUAAAAUUCAAAAUCAAAUAGCUAAAUGAUCCAUAGUAUGACCAUCUUAAAACAAUGACAUAUGUCAGCUUAGUACCGCCCCCCCCCAUCCCCCAAUGUCUUAGACUGUAAAGAAAUAUCUAAGCCAAUAUGACACCAAUGUCGAUGAAACUUCGCAAAUCAACUUGAUUGGAUGUGCCUCUCGUCCGUUGCCGUUACUGAGAGCCACUAUACCAGAUUUUUAACUGGGUUGUUAGCAUUAAGAAAAAAUACAAUUUCUUGCCCCGACCUAGUUCAAGACCUAGGCGUCAGAUAAGAACGAGACUACAGCAUCCAUAAAGUGACCAUUAGACUUGCCAGGUUUUGGACUGAAUAAGUUUGUAGGUGCAACAGUUUUGAUUAAAUGUAUAAUUUAUUGCUCUUCAUGUGCCAGUAGAGAACCUAAGAGGUGCUACCUUUUUGUAGCAUUUCUGGCAAUGCUAACAUAUUUUUCAGCCGAAUCUCAAAGUUCUAUUCUGUCUAAAACUGGGCAUAGCAACUCGUUUGCUCAGCAACUCAAUAACACAGCAGGUUGCCUGCACCAAGCAUAAGAAGUGGUUGAAAACCAACCUAGGCUACUGUAGAUGUAUGUUGGUUUUCAAGCUGAGGUUAAUCAAUAAAUGCAUACAGAUAAUUGUCCGACAUGAAGAAAUGGGUCGGUUGAUAUUAGUGAGCUGUUUCCGAUUUGAUAAGCCAAUGAAUUUUGUUUUGUUGUCAUUAUCUAGCUAGCCAGUAGCUGUAGCUAGCUACUGUAUAGCUAACUAACGUAAUGUUAUACCAGUCAGAUGAGAGCUAAAGAUGGCUAGGUAGCUAACCAAUAAGCGAGGAAAGCUAGCUAUAUUUUGCCAAGGAUGGUUUUUCAUAAAAUGCUGAAGUCAUCUGUGUAAACUGCCGACCUAGACUCUUGCGUGUAAUCAGAGCACUAACAAAUAUGUAGAGAUAAGCUAGCGAAUGUCCUUGGCUGCUAUGAUAGCCAGUUAGCUAGCUAGGUAACGUUAGCCAACGUAAGGCUGUAAAGUUAGCUAAUGUUAGAUAGCUAACGUUAGCUUGCUUAUCCAAAGUCCAGCAGCUAGCCUCUGUAGCAAGCUAACACCAGUCAGCUGAAAGCUAGUGAACAGGCAAAGAAAGGUGGCUAGCUGUAUUUGGUGAUAUUGGAAGAUUUUUACACAAAUUAAUUCAGCCAUUAGCUAGCUAGAGCCAGACAACAACAGCUGACCUUGACACAGAAGCUAGCUAUGCCAGUCCAACAUUUUCCCACAAAACAUACCUAGCUAGCUACAUCAGUUCAAUACCAACACCAAACUUUGGGCAAAUUGUCACGCUGCUACCUUACAAUGCAUGCAGUGGGAUUUUGCAACACUAGCUUGCUCGCUACUCCAUAGUCUAAGCUAUGGUCAGAGCUAGCCACAUUUCACUGUCAGACACGACACAACUCAAACUGUAGCUGAGAAAACAAAUAGCUUGUUACAUGUAAACAGUGCCUCGGUUGUGCACUGACUGCAGUGUACAAAUGCAUGCUUGCUAACAUCAGUAAAACUCACCAGUUUCUAACAUCCAUAAUAAAUUCCAGUAUGCUCCUUCUCCUGUCUUGACAUUUUGAUCAAAAAUGCCAAACUAACAACUCUGCCAUUUGACCGUCUUUAUUGUAUUUACAGCUCAGAUCUGGAUGUUGGAAACUGCCCCCCCCCCAAACCUAGAUUAUAUUUUUAAUUUAUUAGGAUCCCCAUUAGCUGACGCCAGUAGUGACAGCUAGUCUUACUGGGGUCCGACACAUAACGAAAAAUACAUUCCAGACAAAAUACUUUUACAAUUGACAUACAUUCAAAAACAUUAACAUGUAGUGUGCUUGUGUGUGCAUCUAUUAGUUCCACAUGUCAGUACAUACACACAACAAGUAGGUCACAUGGGGGAGAGGCGCUGUGCCGUGAGGUGUUGCUUUAUUCGAUUUUUUAAAAAAACAGGUUUGCUGUUCACUUGCGCUAUAUUAUAUAAAUGUAUAGGAUGCAUAACUCUGCAACGCUUUAGGCUAGAAACAAGCUGUAAAAGGUACAAGAAAGAUGUGGCGCUAGGGUACAUGGGGAUAUCUUUGUUUAGUCUCUGUGGCUGACAUAUACAACCUUCAAAAGUCAAUGACUUAAAACCGUUUUCUUUUGCUUUGCUUUCAAUGGGAAUUGAGUCCUAUUUUACAAUGUAAGACUGUCACAAUUACAUUUUUCAUUUUAGUCAUGUAGCAGACGCUCUUAUCCAGAGCGACUUACAGUUAGUGAGCGCAUACAUAAUUUUUUUAUUUUUUUAUACUGGCCCCCCGUGGGAAUUGAACCCACAACCCUGGCAUUGCAAACGCCAUGCUCUACCAACUGAGCUACAUCCCUUGCGCAGACAAUUACUUGAGACUAUCCAUGGUCAAUUCUACACAUACUUUAAUAGUUAGUUCAAAACUGAUUUGAGUUAUUAGAGGGCAACAGCCAGUAGACCAGGUUUUAAACCAUCUACCCUUGGUAUGCAAGCGCACCACCUGUGCCAUUAAGGCCCAGACCUUUUGGCAGAGGCCGAAUUAAAGGUAACAAUAGCACUGCCAAUAACAGACUUUUGGUUGCACAAAAAAAAUCUGUCUUUGUAAGGGGAAAUGUUAUAUAAUGCACCUUCAAACAGAAAAUCUUGAGAACGUUAGAAUUUUAAGCAACCUGCAUACACAUUGUUUGAAGUACAAUAGACCAACACAACUACUGUAGUAGGUCAAAGCUGUGUGCUGGAAAACCUUGGUAGAGCAUGGGUGGAGUAGGCAUUGUGGGCUUGUGAAUUUCCUUUCUUUUUUGGCUUCAGACCAAUGCCUACUUCUCACUUAAAACAGUUUUUAAUAAUAUAAUAUCCUACCUUGACCUAUCUACCUGAUUUAUUCCUUUUAGCUCCUUUCACAAGUCUCCCUUGUGACCUCAAUGGCACUACCUGGUCAAAUAAAGCAAAGGGUCUCACUGUAACAUUAUCAAGCUUUAAUCAUUCUAGUUCCUGCUCUCCCUCCAUUCUUGUUUUCAUCACAUCCUCCUGCUUUUCUUUCCCCUGCUUCCCCCUUCCCCACCUCUCCUCUGCUUCCUCCUUUCUCACCUCUCCUCUGCUUCCUCUUUCCCCACCCCUGCUUCUCCCUGCUCUCCCAACGGUCAUGUUUACCUGGUAGCACUGGCAGCGUGGUCCGUUAAUGAAUGCUCAUGCGCAAACACAGGACCAGGAACAGGGAAACCACUCUUAGCUGAGCAGAGCAGAAACUGGCUAGCUGGAGCUGAAGGACUGGCUGUAAACGUAGCUAGAUGCCGGCCGGCUGGCUACUCUAUGAUUCUGUGUUGUUCCUCUGAAACAUGUUGUACCUUUUGUGACGGAUUCUGGUGGAUUAACCUUCAUCCACUACUGUAGAGUAAGGUUGUCUUGAUAAAAAGCAGACUUUCAUGACUACUUGAACUGACCUGGUAAAACUCUGGGCCCCAGUUAUAGCUGCCCUGGAAAAACUGACCCUCUCUUUCCCCAAUGCCAAACAGGUCUGAAAAAACGGACCCUCUCUUUCCCCAAUGCCAAACAUGUCUGAAAAACGGACCCUCUCUUUCCCCAAUGCCAAACAUGUCCGACUCUUUGUCUUCUCUCCAACAGACGUAACGUCCUUAGCAUAUCCAGUGGCAUCGAUGAAAUCGGGGAGGUCAAGUGGGACCUGGCUCUGUGUCUGCUGGGGGUUUGGGUCAUCUGCUUCUUCUGCAUCUGGAAGGGAGUCAAAUCCACUGGGAAGGUGAGCUGGGAUGUACUUUAUAUUUCCCAUAUAUAAAUAGAAUGAAUGGAAUGGACAUUUUCCGUCAGACCACAUACAUUUGGCUGUUACUCAAACACACCAUGAAGAAGGCACUUUAGCCAAAUUGUUGGUCAAAUAUAUCCACAGCAAGGAGAAAUGAGGGUGCAACUUUCAUUUUCAUUUGUACACCAAAAGGCCAACAUUGUAUUUACGAUAAUUGAAUGGGGUGGGAAUGUCCGUUCUAGAUAUUCUAAUUCUAUGGAGUCCCCUCUGCCACUGCCUGCAUGGAUUCAUACAUAAUAAUAAUAUGCCAUUUAGCAGACGCUUUUAUCCAAAGCGACUUACAGUCAUGCGUGCAUAAUUUUUUUUUUUUGUGUAUGGGUGGUCCCGGGGAUCGAACCCACUACCUUGGCGUUACAAGCGCCGUGCUCUACCAGCUGAGCUACAGAGGACCACAAGCUUAAUGAGACACACCUCAAAGUGCAACGAUACCAAGUUGAACAGGCUACUACUAUACCACAGACUGUCACCAUAAAUCAAGUUCCAGAGUGCAAUUCAAUCUCUGUGUAACGAGUGUAAACAAUAGCCAGACCAGUCACAGCAACACCCCCGGGACCAGUCAGGGAGCUGGAUCGAUCCCAGAAACCUUGUCUUAUUGCGCCAAUUGAUUAGUUUAGCCUGAUUUUUCCUUUUGACCCUCUAAGCUGUAAAUCAUCCGGUAUCUGCAGUCUUUGCUUCCUGGAAAGGGAAGCUUGGAGUCAGCCUUCACAAAACAAGAGGAAAGAGUAUAACCGAGAGGAUUGGAUUCUGCUAAAAGAUGGGGUUAUGAUUCUGACAGCCUACCUGAGAAUGUGUCAUUCUCAUUACACAGAAGAUUUUGAAGUCAAAUCUGUCUCUUUAGACAAAGAAAUGUAUGUGGGUGAGAUCGACACUAUUGAUUUGUAAAUCUGCUGAUACAUCGUCGGUUUCUUCUGUUUCCCAACAGGUUGUGUACGUCACUGCUACCUUCCCCUUCGUCAUGCUGAUCAUUCUGUUGAUCCGCGGCGUCACUCUGCCAGGAGCAUCUGAAGGAAUCAAGUUCUACCUGUACCCAGACCUGCAACGUCUCAAAGACCCUGAGGUAGAACCACCCUGCCCCGCCCCUUCCUGUCCUGUCUUGGGACUUUAUUAAUCUAGUCAUUCAGCAACUGUGGCUGGGAUUCAAACAAACAAACCACACAGAAUCCUGGCCUAAUCUUGAAUUUCGAAUCCUUUGAGUUUAAUAUUUGAUCUUAUCUUUUGAAAAAAUAUAUUUCAAUCGCCAUAAUGAAUAGAAAGGGGAAUAAAGGACAUCCUUGUCUUACACCUCAAGAGAAUGUUAAUGUGGCGUAGUUGGCUGUAAAGCUAAUUUUCAUUAGUAGUCCUUGGGUAAACGUGAUUCUCCUGGGAAAAGGAAAAAUGUGUAGACAAAGUCAGUCAAAAUACUGCCCAAUGUAAUAAUACCCCAAAUUGUCAAAAUACUACCCAACGUUUUCCCAAAGCUUGCGUCUCAGCCUUCAUAUCUUCUCCCCUUUUUACCUUCAGGUCUGGAUCGAUGCAGGCACUCAGAUCUUCUUCUCCUAUGCCAUCUGUCUGGGAGCUAUGACGUCACUGGGGAGCUACAACAAAUACAAAUACAACUGCUAUAGGUGAGUGUCCACGCCGGGGGGGUGGGAGGGGGUUGGGAGGUGAUGGUGGUGGUGGGGCCUAAUCCAGUGGUUAAAGAAAAAUGGGUAGAAAAAAAAAGACAAGAAAAGUGGGGAACCUAGGUUCCUUUUGUGUUCAUUAACAACUUCCGUGACAUGUGUGAUAUAGGGACUGUUUGCUGCUGGGAGGCCUCAACAGCGGUACCAGUUUUGUGUCUGGCUUCGCAAUAUUUUCCGUCCUGGGCUUCAUGGCACAAGAGCAAGGGGUGGACAUUGCCGAUGUGGCAGAGUCAGGUACGAGGUGGUCAAAGUGGCAGUGAUGGUGGGCACUGCUACUUAAAAUAAACAACAACAAAAAACAACAGAGUUGCUGGUUCUAUCCAACAGAAAAAAAGACAAAAUCCGAAAGACACUAGAUAAAGUUAAUUGUAAAGAAUGAAAUGGAUUUAUUUUCUUGAAAGACGGCAUCGAAAUAUGGAAGUUUCGGCAAUCAAACACUGCUUGACAGAAAUAAAAGUUACAGUUACAGUAUAAAAACAGUUUACUGUGGUAAAACCUUUCAGUGCAUCUCUAUGACAUGGAUGUCACAUAUUUGGAUCUGGUUGGAUUCUUCAAGCAAUCGAGUAUCAAGGAAAAUGCUGGUGGAAAAAAUAAAGUUUUACUGUUAAAUUGGAUCUUAUCCAGAACGCUAGGGGGCGAAGAGUCAAGCCAUGCAUGAGAGAUCCAUCAUGACCUUUUCUUCUCACGAUCACCAUAGAUUUAAGAGUCCUGCUCCAGCCUGUUCCAACAGAUACUGUAUCUAUUGUAUGAGAGUGAAGCAAAAUGUCAGUAAUCCAGGACAUCUUGUGCCACGUUAAAAUAAACAAGUAUGACUUAAGUCUCACUUAUGGUACUUACCUCUGGGCUGUUUUAGAUGGGUCUAGCAUAUUUAUCCAUAUUUUACAAUGUGAUCAGUUCAAUGGUUUAUGCCCAUGGCGGAUUCUAUUUGUUCUGUGCGUUUCUAAUUAUAAGCAUGUUUCUAACUAUUGUACUUGUAAUGUCAUUAUCCUUCUACUGCUGUGUGGAUACUACAAGGAGGCAUCAAUGUGGUGAUGUUUUUAGGUGAUUUUUCUGUAAUUUAGAAAAAAACACCCUUCAUUUCUACCUUUUUAUUAUAGCAGACAUACUAUUACUGUACAUUCUGAUAUGAAAGAUGGGUCUUUUGAUGGUAUUAACUGAGAUCCUGUAUCACUGGCACCCUCUUGCAGUGCGUAUGUAGUCAGUCUGCUCUAGCCAUUAACGAUAUCUCUAGCCCUAUCCUUCUGAGGAGACUGUACAGGGUGUUCCUGCCGGAGUACAGAGAUGCAGUGAAUGCAUGAGAAAUAAUGACUGUAUCAAAUAAAUAAUUCAAAUACCGCGCUAUCUCAGCUAUCUGAGCAAUCUCUUUCUCUGAGAAAUUGUAUUCCCCAUAUUUUUGUAUAUAAAUUAUAGCUCAGUAUUUGAAUUAUUUAUUUUAUACUAAUACAGAAAGAGAUUGCUCAGAUAGCUAAGAUACUGAGAUAGAUAUCUGAGCAAUCUCUUUCUCUUAGAAAUUGUAUUAGUAUAAAGUAAUAUAAUUUCCCCAUAUUUUUGUAUUUAAAUUAUAGCUCAGUAUUUGAAUUAUUUAUUUUAUACAGUCAUUAUUACUCAUCUUUAUCAAGGGGUGUCAAUCAUUUCAGACCCCACUGUAUAUAUAACAUCAUAUGAUGAAACUCAUUUAGUUGAUUCGUUUACUGAUCUAGAUUAACGCAAUUUACUGUAAGCAGUUUAAUAGAAUAAGUAAUUCAAUGAGUUUCAACGGGAGAGUUUUGGUACACAGUACUGUAGAUGGUUUGUGAUACCAUGUUCUAACAUACGCCUUGUGCUGUAAGCAGUGAAAUAAGGUGCAUAGUGCACUGAGAAAGAGACAACUUGGUUUUGCCUUAAACUGCAGCAACUUGAUCCUGAGGAGAGAGGUUUUAUUUUGGGGAGAGAUGCAGAGUAGAUUCAGAUUUGUACCCACGCUGAGGAUGGUACAUAUGUGCCGAAGGCGACGACAUUACCUGCUAGACCAGCCUCAAGCACGAGAGAGGCUUUUAUUGAAUGAUUAUUAUUGAAGUAUCAAAGCCAGCUCACUAGUCAGUCUGCUAGCUAGUCAUGUCGUGUUUGGUUGGAUGCCUUGUCAUAUUUCACAGCUAAACCAACUUUAUUCUAUGUGUUUGCUGUUUUUCCUGUUUUGUUUUUUAACUUCUGUUGUAACAGGUUAUCCCAACAUUAUAACACCACGUUUUCGAGACGUUGCUAUAGUUACAAUCGAGAAGAGGCGACGUAUGUUGCCUCUGAUCCAGUCAUUGUUAUUAUAUACUAUAUAUUCUACUAUAUACUAUACUAGUUAUGUUAUAUACUAGCCUAUAUAUUCUACUAUAUACUAUACAAGUUAUGUUAUAUACUAGCCUAUAUAUUCUACUAUAUACUAUACUAGUUAUGUUAUAUACUAGCCUAUAUAUUCUACUAUAUACUAUACAAGUUAUGUUAUAUACUAGCCUAUAUAUUCUACUAUAUACUAUACUAGUUAUGUUAUAUACUAGCCUAUAUAUAUUCUACUAUAUACUAUACUAGUUAUGUUAUAUACUAGCCUAUAUAUUCUACUAUAUACUAGUUAUGUUAUAUACUAGCCUAUAUAUUCUACUAUAUACUAUACUAGUUAUGUUAUAUACUAGCCUAUAUAUUCUACUAUAUACUAGUUAUGUUAAAUACUAGCCUAUAUAUUCUACUAUAUACUAUACUAGUUAUGUUAUAUACUAGCCUAUAUAUUCUACUAUAUACUAUACUAGUUAUGUUAUAUACUAGCCUAUAUAUUCUACUAUAUACUAUACUAGUUAUGUUAUAUACUAGCCUAUAUAUUCUACUAUAUACUAUACUAGUUAUGUUAUAUACUAGCCUAUAUAUUCUACUAUAUACUAUACAAGUUAUGUUAUAUACUAGCCUAUAUAUUCUACUAUAUACUAGUUAUGUUAUAUACUAGCCUAUAUAUUCUACUAUAUACUAUACUAGUUAUGUUAUAUACUAGCCUAUAUAUUCUACUAUAUACUAUACUAGUUAUGUUAUAUACUAGCCUAUAUAUUCUACUAUAUACUAUACUAGUUAUGUUAUAUACUAGCCUAUAUAUUCUACUAUAUACUAUACAAGUUAUGUUAUAUACUAGCCUAUAUAUUCUACUAUAUACUAGUUAUGUUAUAUACUAGCCUAUAUAUUCUACUAUAUACUAUACUAGUCAUGUUAUAUACUAGCCUAUAUAUUCUACUAUAUACUAUACUAGUUAUGUUAUAUACUAGCCUAUAUAUAUUCUACUAUAUACUAUACUAGUUAUGUUAUAUACUAGCCUAUAUAUUCUACUAUAUACUAUACUAGUUAUGUUAUAUACUAGCCUAUAUAUUCUACUAUAUACUAGUUAUGUUAUAUACUAGCCUAUAUAUUCUACUAGUUUAGUGUGGUUAUUAUAUACACAUAGUGAUAGGGGAUGAACAUUUUGAGCUGUUGUGCUUCGUACUGCUAUUGUAAGGCUACUUUGAUAGUUCUUGUCAUAACAUGAAUCCCUAGUCUUGCCACGAGCCAUAAGUUAAAAGGGCAUUGACAAUACAUUCCACUUACAUUGCCUACAGUAUAUGAUCGUAAGGAUAAGACGAGAUAGAUCUAUACUUUUUAGGAUUUUCUAUUUCUUAUUAACAUUAGUUUGGUCUGUGCUAUACUUGGACGCACCAUGGUGGCAUCAGACCAGAUCAAACGAUAGAACCCUGGUUUCUAAUUGUGUUUUCUCCACUUCCCCAUCCCCCUCUCUCUUCUUGUUCCUCUCUAGGUCCUGGCUUGGCCUUCAUUGCCUAUCCUAAAGCUGUGUCUAUGAUGCCGCUGCCCACCUUCUGGGCUAUCCUCUUCUUCAUCAUGCUUCUGCUACUGGGUCUCGACAGUCAGGUCAGUAGUAUGCUCAUUAUGAGUCAAGGAUCUGCAUCUGAGUCUGAAUCUGAGACAGUCAGGUCAGUAGUCUGCUCAUUAUGAGUCAAGGAUCUGAAUCUGAGACAGUCAGGUCAGUAGUAUGCUCAUUAUGAGUCAAGGAUCUGAAUCUGAGUCUGAAUCUGAGACAGUUAGGUCAGUAUUAUGCUCAUUAUGAGUCAAGGAUCUGAGUCUGAAUCUGAGACAGUUAGGUCAGUAGUAUGCUCAUUAUGAAUCAAGAAUCUGAAUCUGAGACAGUCAGGUAGGUAAUGUUGUUAUGACACAGUAGUAAGGAAGUUUAUUGAUAUCAGAUAUGAGCACUGAGAUUAUGAAAUUAUAAAAAAUGUUAUGGAGUUGUAAAGGGAAGUUGUAUGUUUUAUUAUGAGACAGUAAGUCAGUUUAUUAAUAUGAGUGAUACGAUUGCUGAGAUGGUGAAAAAUAUACACUUUGUAGGGGAAUUGUACAGGGAAGUUGUAAGCAAGUUAUGAGACAGAUGUGGUUCUGUUCCAAUUUUCAAUGUCCAACGGCUAUUAGUACGUGGCCACAGUCAGUAUAUUGAUAUAGGGAAGUUGUAACUAAGCAAGUUCCUGUAUGUCACAUAGUCAGCUUUAUUAACCUGCAUGGGCAAAUUCAUGGUCACAGGAAAAACUUGUGGCCCAUACACAUGUGAUCAGGAGGAAAAACUCCUGGCCCCAUGCACAUGUGAUCAGGAGGAAAAACUCCUGACCCCAUGCACGUGAUCAGGAGGAAAAACUCCUGGCCCCAUACACAUGUUAUCAAUACAGGCCUAAACAGGACUAAACAGUCAGUCAAUAAAAAUGGUCAAUCCACAGAGGCAAACCACGACACACUACUUAUGAACAAACAACCACAUGUUAACAUAGUCAGUCAGUUAGUCAAUUCAGCUCAAUGCUAGCGUCCAUAGACAGUCGUACCAUUACUACAGCUCAAUGCUAGCAUCCAUAGACAGUCGUACCAUUACUACAGCUCAAUGCUAGCAUCCAUAGACAGUUGUACCAUUACUACAGCUCAAUGCUAGCAUCCAUAGACAGUCGUACCAUUACUACAGCUCAAUGCUAGCAUCCAUAGACAGUCGUACCAUUACUACAGCUCAAUGCUAGCAUCCAUAGACAGUCGUACCAUUACUACAGCUCAAUGCUAGCAUCCAUAGACAGUCGUACCAUUACUACAGCUCAAUGCUAGCAUCCAUAGACAGUCGUACCAUUACUACAGCUCAAUGCUAGCAUCCAUAGACAGUCGUACCAUUACUACAGCUCAAUGCUAGCAUCCAUAGACAGUCGUACCAUUACUACAGCUCAAUGCUAGCAUCCAUAGACAGUCGUACCAUUACUACAGCUCAAUGCUAGCAUCCAUAGACAGUCGUACCAUUACUACAGCUCAAUGCUAGCGUCCAAAGACAGUCGUACCAUAACUACAGCUCCUCCUCUGAUGCUGUAUGUUAACUACAUGAAAUGUAAAUAGAUGUGUUUAGUGUUAGUAACUACAUGUUAACAUACAGUCAUUUUGUCUGUCGGUCAGUCAAUACAUAUUGCUCAAUGCUAGCCUCCACAAAUAUACCACCAUUACGCAUCAUCUCCCAGCUGCUAAUACUGCACGUUAGCUAGAUUUGAUCACUCAGGUCCUAUAAAUAGGUGUGUUUAGUGAUUGCAGCUUCCAUUUCUAGACUACCUAGAUAGAUACAGAUCCUCCAUUUCUAGACUACCUAGCUAGAUCCAGAUCCUCCAUUUCUAGACUACCUAGCUAGAUACAGAUCCUCCAUUUCCAGACUACUGGCUGAUUGGUUGACUGGCCGACAGACUGGCUGGCUGUCUGAUUGGUUGACUGGCUGUCUGAUUGGUUGACUGGCUGACAGACUGGCUGGCUGGCUGAUUGUUUGACUGGCUGACAGACUGGCUGGCUGGCUGAUUGGUUGACUGGCUGACAGACUGGCUGGCUGGCUGAUUGGUUGACUGGCUGACAGACUGGCUGGCUGAUUGGAUAGAAGUCUUUAUAUAUGCCAUUUAGCAGACGCUUUUAUCCAAAGUGACGUAGUCAUGUGUGCAUACAUUUUACAUAUGCGGUGCCCCAGCGGGAAUCGAACACCACGACCCUUGUCGUUGCAAGAGACAUGUUUUACGGACUGAGCCACACAGGACUACGUCCGUACAAAAACGUUAACCCAUCAGGCCUACUGUAUGCUGCACUACUCCCAUCUCUUGUCUCUGUGUCGUCUUUCUGUCCCCAGUUUGUGGAAGUGGAAGGACAGAUCACUUCCUUGGUGGAUCUGUAUCCCUCCUUCCUAAGGAAGGGUUACCGGCGGGAAAUUUUUAUAGCUAUAGUGUGCUCCAUAAGCUAUCUUCUGGGACUUACCAUGGUUACUAGGGUAAGUACUAUCUUCUAGUAGUAUACUUCAACUUUUUACACUGAUAUCAUAAUAUACAAUAUCACAAGUGUCCAGCCCAGUCCAGAACCUUAGCUACACCCUAACGAAUAUAAAAUAAUCUUACUAAAAUUAAGCUACACCCUAAUGAAUAUGAAAUAUGGCUGUAGAAUAGCCUCUGCUAUUACCAGUCUCUUUAUUAUUCCAUAACAAUGCAGGCUAUAGCCAUAUUAGGGCAUCACAGUAACAUCACCACAUGUUCAAUACAGUAAAUACAGCGCCUUCAGAAAGUAUUCAUACCCCUUGACUUAUUCCACAUGUUGUUGUGUUACAGCCUGAAUUCAAAAUUGAAUAAAACAUUUUUUACCCAUGUACACGCAAUACCCCAUUAUGACAAAGUGAAACAAAUAUUUUUUAGAAAUGUUGGCAAAUUUAUUGAAAAUGAUAUACAGAAUUAGCUCUUUUACAUAAGUAUUCACACCCCUGAGUCAAUACUUUGUAGAAGCACCUUUGGCAGCGAUUACAGCUGUGAGUCUUUCUGAGUCUUUUAAGAGCUUUCCACACCUGGAUUGUGCAACAUUUGCCCAUUCUUGUUUUCAAAGUUCUUCAAGCUCUGUCAAUUGGUUGUUGAUUGUUGCCAUUUUCAGGUCUUGCCAUAGUUUUUCAAGUAGAUUUAAGUCAAAACUCAGGAACAUUCACUUUCUUCUUGGUAAGCAACUCCAGUGUAGAUUUGGCCUUGUGUUUUAGGAUAUUGUCCUGCUGAAAGGUGAAUUCAUCUCCCAGUGUCUGGUGGAAAGCAGACUGAACCAGGUUUUCCUCUAGGAUUUUGCCUGUGCUUAGCAACAAUCCAUUUUUUUUUUUAUCCUGAAAAACUCCCCAGUCCUUAAUGAUUACAAUCAUACCCAUAACAUGAUGCAGCCACCCCAUGCUUGAAAAUAUGAAGAGUGGUACUCAGUGAUGGGUUGUGUUGGAUUUGCCCCAAACAUAUAGUUAAUUUCUUUGCCACAUAUUUUGUAGUAUUACUUUAGUGCCUUAUUGCAAACAAGAUGCAUGUUUUGGAAUAUUUGUAUUCUGUACAGGCUUCCCUCUUUUUUCUCUGUCAAUUUAGGUUAGUAUUGUGGAGUAACUACAAUGUUGUUGAUCCAUCCUAAGUUUUCUCCUUUUACAACCAUUAAACUCUAUAACUGUUUUAAAGUCACCAUUGGCCUCAUGGUGAAAUAUAGGGAUAUAAGUCAUCUUUUUUUUUUUACCCAUCUACCAACAGGUGUCCUUCUUUGCGAGGCAUUGGAAAACCUCCCUGGUCUUUGUGGUUGAAUCUGUGUUUGAAAUUCACUGCUCGACUGAGGGACCUUACAGAUAAUUGUAUGUGUGGGGUACAGAGAUGAGGUAGCCAUUAAAAAAUCAUGUUAAACACUAUUAUUGCACACAAAGUGAGCUCAUGCAACUUAUGUGACUUGUUAAGCACAUUUUUUACUCCUGAACUUAUUUAGGCUUGCCAUAAGAAAGGGGUUGAAUACUUAUUGACUCAAGACAUUUCAGCUGUUCAUUUUUAAUUCAUUAGUACAUAUUUCGAAAAACAUGAUUCCAUAUUAUGGGGUAUAUUGUGUGUAGGCCAGUAACAAAUAAAUCUCUAUUUAAUCCAUUUUAAAUUCAGGCUGUAACAUAACAAAAUGUGGAGAUAGUUGAGGGGUGUGAAUACAUUCUGAAGGCAAUGUAGCUACACCUUUAAUGUGAAUAGAAAAUGGUCUUGUGGAGCUUUUAAACCUCAAAUUCCCCCAGCAACAAGAGUCCCAUACAUACAGUUCCACUUUCCCCUUUCCUGUCUUCUCAUGCCAGUCCCUCACAAUAGCACCACUCCAACUAUGCUGCUGUGGCCUGAGCUUCCCAGUAGCCUACUGUAUUUCGGUCUAUUUAGAGAAAUAUUUGGCUCACACAUAUAACUCACUCUCUCUUUUAUCUCCACUCUGAGAAACUGAAACUGUCAGUCACUUUCUGGGAAGCUCAUCUCAAACCAGGGCAUCAGAGCUGUAAAAAGUAAUAGCUAUCUAGCUAUACUUGGAGAUACUGUGCUGUGUCCCUGCCUCUCAGACUUACAAUGUGGAAACAAGCAUGUGAUGACCCUCAGAAAGAUCAAACCCACCACAGUCCCUGACUCCCUAAUCCUACCCCACUAAAGCCUCCUAGACAGCGAGGGAGUCAGGGACUUGCUGCUUUAUGCGAUUUCAGACCACAGUAGCCUGUUCUUUUUCCAUGACAUCACAAUCUCAUGUUGCCUCUCACUGAGUGCUCUGUUGAGGGUUGGAACUAGGGACGGCUCGGUUCCAUUGGGCGUUGGAACAUGGCUGCGUCCCAAAUGGCACCCUAUUCCUAAUUUAGAUAAAGUGUACUAUGUAGGCUCAAACUGCGCUAUGUAGGGAGUAGGGUGCCAUUUGUGACGUAGACAUUUAUUCUCCCGCCACUACACUCUUAAAAAAAAAAAAAAGGUGCUAUGUAUAAUCUAAAAUGGUUCUUCAGCUGUCCCCAUAGGAUAACCUUUUUGAAGAACCCAUUUUGGUUCCAGGGAGAACCCUUUUGUGUUCCAUGUAGAACAGACGGGUUCUCCUAUGGGGACAGCUGAAGAACCCCUUUGGAACCCUUUUUUCUAAGAGUGUAACCUAGGGGCCUACUCAGUCACUAGCCUGAGAUCUACUAUCUGUAAAGCUGUAAAUCUAUGCAUGGAAUCCUACAUUCACACAUGCCCAAGCACUAAAUCAUGCUAAUUUCUCUCUCCCACAGGGUGGCAUGUAUGUGUUUCAACUCUUUGACUACUAUGCAGCCAGCGGUGUGUGCCUUUUGUGGGUUGCAUUCUUUGAAUGUAUUGCUGUAGCCUGGGUUUAUGGUACGUGUCCUCUGGAAUAUAAUGCCCUGUCUACGUAUGUCUGUAUAGGAGCUGUGGUCCUUAAAUGUCCUCGGGCUCUGUCAGUGAAAUACAAUCACAACUACUCCCGACUAUAUAGAGAUGUUACAGUUCUGUCUCAAAUGCAACAAAUACAUUUUUUAUCUCUGUAUCAAUUUACUGUUGCAUUAUAUCAACUGACACCCACCAUAAAAUACAUUUAGACCUAGACACAGAAUAUGUGGCAGUGUCACAGCAUAAAGAGAAACAUGAGCUGGAAUACUGUGUACAUCACAAAUGGCACCCUAUUUCCCUAUAUAGUGGACGUCUUUUGACCACAGCCCUAUGGGCCCAGGUCAAAAGUAGUGCACUAUAAAGGGAAUAUGGGGUACCAUUUGGGAGGCACACUUUACGUAAAUCUGACCAAAUUCUCUAUUUAUUUUUUCUCUUCCCAUCAGGCGUUGAUAAUUUCUAUGAUGCGAUUGAAGACAUGAUUGGCUACAGACCAAACCCCUGGAUGAAAUGGAGCUGGUCUUUUAUCACACCUCUUCUUUGUGUGGUGAGUCUAUGUUCAUUAAUACUGACUUCGUCCCAAAUGGUACCCUUCUGUAUUUUCUACCCUAUGGGCCCUAGUCAAAAGAAGUGCACUACAUAUGGAAUAGGGUGCCAUUUGGGACGUAACCCUACUAACCUCCCAUACUGAAAGGAUAGAGAAUGAUAUAUCUGCAAAUGUCUGUCAUCCCUUCCUCCCCCACUCAAAACGUUAUACUACUAUAACAGCAGUGUGUGUCCAUCUGUCCGUCCGUCCGUCCGUCCUACGAUCAUUUGCUUAACAGAAGUGGCCAGGCUCUGUAACAUCACAUCCCCUCCUGUGUGGUUAAAGGGUAACUGGUGACCCUGCAUCCCUGGUGGUUAAAGGGUAACCUGUGGACCUGCGUCCCUGGUGGUUAAAGGGUAACCAUUGGCCCUGCGUCCCUGGUGGUUAAAGGGUAACCAUUGGCCCUGCGUCCCUGGUGGUUAAAGGGUAACCUGUUGCCCUGUGUCCCUGGAGGUUAAAGGGUAACCUGUUGCCCUGUGUCCCUGGAGGUUAAAGGGUAACCUGCGGCCCUGGUGGCUAAAGGUUAAAGGGUAACCUGCGGCCUUGGUGGCUAAAGGUUAAAGGGUAACCUGCGGCCCUGGUGGCUAAAGGUUAAAGGGUAACCUGCGUCCCUGUAAGUUAAAGAUUGAAGGGUAACCUGCGGCCCGGCGUCCCAUGCUGUGUGUGCCUUCUGGAUUAAAACUGUUGAGGCAUUUGGGAAAUGUGGUGCUUGGCUCCGUCCGGAGGCUAAUCCUGUUUAAUCCCGUUGAAUCUCAUGUGUCUUAACGACCAGGAAACAUAGUGCUAUUUGUUCUCUUGAGACGGACUAAGGAGAACUCAAAGAGAAUGAAAGGGACUAAGGAGAAUUUGAGGAGACUGUGUGUUAGUGGAUGUCAAUUACUACCAGCUCUGAUAUUAUUAUAACGUUAAUCAUAAUCGGAUAUUGCUAUAGCAUUACUAUCAAUUACGUCAAUAAUUAUUUUCAUUUUCAUUUGUUUUCCAAAAUGUUCAUGAAACAAUAGGUGUUUGUUUGAAGGAAAUGAGAGACUCUGUUUGCAUCAUUAAAAAUUUUUUUUUUUUUUUUUUUUUUUUACAAAACAUAAAGGGGCCAUCAAGUAUCGUAUUACUGAGAACAAGGAGGUUUUCAGGUAGAUCCCUUGUUUUGAAACGGAUAGUUAGCUAGUGCAAGUUGGCACUGCAAAUGUACAAGAACGCCAAACCGUUCCCUCAUUGUCAGACAUUGGAGAAUGUGAGUUACCAUUAAUACAUUUACCCUCCAUUGGUGUUUUCUCUCUGCCUCCAGGGUUGCUUCGUCUUCUCCUUGGUCAAAUACAAACCUUUGACGUACAACAAGGUUUACGAGUACCCCGACUGGUCCAUCGGUGUGGGCUGGACUCUGGCCCUGGCUUCUAUGAUCUGUAUUCCUAUGGUGGUGGUCAUCAAGAUCAUUCAGUCCGAUGGACCACUCAUAGAGGUUAGUACACAACUCCUAUAACCCCAGACCCCUAAACCCUACUCCUAGGUUCUAGACUGUACACCCUAAGCCCUAGCCCCUACCCCUAGGUUCUAGACUGUACACCCUAAGCCCUAGCCCCUACCCCUAGGUUCUAGACUGUACACCCUAAGCCCUAGCCCCUACCCCUAGGUUCUAGACUGUACUCCCUAAGCCCUAGCUCCUACCCCUAGGUUCUAGACACUACACCCUAAGCCCUAGCCCCUACCCCUAGGUUCUAGACACUACGGCCUAGCUCCUACCCCUAGGUUCUAGACUGUACACCCUAAGCCCUAGCCCCUACCCCUAGGUUCUAGACUGUACACCCUAAGCCCUUAGCCCCUACCCCUAGGUUCUAGACACUACACCCUAAGCCCUAGCCCCUACCCCUAGGUUCUAGACUGUACACCCUAAGCCCUAGCCCCUACCCCUAGGUUCUAGACUGUACACCCUAAACCCUAGCCCCUACCCCUAGGUACUUCAUGUAGAUCAGAUUUUUUUUAUAUAGCAGGUAUAAGUAAUAUGGUAGUAGCUUAAUCUUGACCUCUGACCUCUGACUAAUAUACUGUACCAAAGUUGUGUUCAAGCCAGUAGAAGUCGGUGAGUCUAGUGGUCAUUUCUCAUGUUGCUCCAUCUGUAACGGGUACACUUGCCAUCCUAUAAUCAUACUUGGACAGUAUAUUCGUAUUAAACAGAGCUCUUCUUUUUGUCCUCGUCCAGAGGAUCAAGGCCGUGGCGGCUCCGCUGGGAGGUGCUAGCUCCCGUCCAGUCGACCACCGUCCCAAGGGCAUGUCUGCCGAGCUGGCCUACCCCCUGGACCCCAACGGGAACAACGGCCUGAUCAAGCCCACCCACACUAUUGUAGAAACUAUGAUG